AUGUCUAUUGUUUCGGAUUUAGAGAAAGAUAGGGUUACUGAGCUUGAUGAGUUAUUGACUGCAAUUAAACCGAAAUUGAUCAGUUAUAUUUCACAAGCUGAUCCAAACUCUGAGCACUACAACUCGAGAUCUUUGGGGACUUAUCAUGAACCUACAUUUUUGAAACAACAGUUUAUAGAAUUGAGUGGCAAUAACUUGGACAAGCCAUGUUCCGAGACGCAGUUGGCGGAGACUAUUGAUAAGGUUCUCGAGUACUCUGUCAAUACAUGGAACCCUGGGUUUCUUGAUAAGUUGUAUGCGUCAAACAAUCCGAUUGGAGUAAUUUCUGACUUGCUUUUGAGUAUUUUAAACACAAACUCACACGUGUAUACUGUGUCGCCUGUGUUGUCGGUGUUGGAAAACUAUAUUGGGCACAAGUAUGCGUCUUUGUUCUUUACCAAUGAUCAAGAAACGUGCGGAGGGUUGACAUUUAGUGGUGGGUCGUGGUCAAAUAUAACAAGUAUGCAAAUUGCGCGAAGUCUAAAGUACCCGGACACAAAGCUUACGGGAAAUGCAAAUUACAAGUUUGCAAUUUAUACCAGUAAGCACUGUCAUUACUCAGUGGUGAAGGGUGCUAUUUUGUUGGGGUUGGGAUCGCAAAAUGUUUUUAAAGUUGAUGUGACUCCACAAGGGCUUUUGAAUGUGUUGGAUCUUGAAAACACCAUUGAAAAAAGUAUUAGUGAUGGCUAUACACCGUUGUACAUCAACUCGACUGCUGGUACCACUGUUUUUGGCUCUUACGAUCCUUUCAUCCAGAUAUCCAAAAUUGCUAGAAAGUACAAUUGUCAUUUCCAUAUUGACGGCUCAUGGGGAGGUAAUGUAAUCUUUUCGCCGGUGUAUAGGAAUAGAUUGCAAGGGUCCGAGCUUGCUGACUCCAUCACGGUGAACCCACACAAGAUGUUGGGAAUCCCAAACACGUGCUCAUUUUUGCUCUUGCCACACGUGAAGAACUUUCAGACUGCCAUGUCUUUACAGGCACCCUAUUUGUUCCAUGGACGGGAUAACCCUGAUGAGGCCAAUUAUGACUUGGCAGAUGGAACAAUGGGGUGUGGCCGACGUGCAGACUCGUUCAAGUUUUAUCUUGCAUGGUUGUACUAUGGUCAAGUUGGGUUUCAAAAUAGGGUUGAGCAUGCUUAUAAGAUCCAGGAGUACUUUGUGCAAACGAUAAAGGCUCACUCUGACUUUGAGAUUGUUGGGCCGGAGUUUCCUCAAUGUUUGCAAGUGUGUUUUUAUUACCACCCUCCUCUGGUGAAGAACAAUGGUGGAAACAAUACCGAGGUGACAAGGUACAUUUCGAGAGAGUUGCACAAGUUGGGCAAAUAUUUAGUCGACUUUAGCCCUAACCCCGAAAACGAUGUCAAGGGAGAGUUCUUUAGGGUAGUGUUCAACUCCCCUAUUCUAACUGACAAGAUUGUUGACGAUUUGAUUGAGAGUAUUAUAAAAGUUGGGUCCGAAUUGAAAUAG